CGAAUAUCGACUUAGUGAUAGAAUAAUUCUUUCUGAUUACUUCCGUAACUCCUCGCUAUUAUUAACCUUCUACACGAAUAUGCAUUCCAUUACUUUCCAAAUCUUUACUCCGGAUUUAAUCGAUUUGGAGUAACGGACUGACGGCGUUCUGGAGAAGUCAAAACUCGAGCGUUACAAUUCAGGUUACCAACCUUAUUGUAAAAAUGACAGUUUCUCAUUGCCAACGGGAAAACAUAACUUUACUAUGGGUGCUGACAGCUGAGCAAACUACCCUAUACAGAUUUGGUUCGUAUUUUCAAAAUGAAAUUUGUAUGACAAUAUUUUGCCGCACAAGGAUGAAAUAAAAUUAUAUUCAUUCUUCUUAUUCCAGUGUAUCUUUGAUAACAGACGUAACAGAUAAUUUAGCUAAGAACACCUAUUAAUAUUUUAAUAUAUUGAAGGUAACAAAAUUCGUUUCUUUCGAACUUUGCCGUUUCACGCGGGAUAUGCAAGCAAUACAAAGGCUGACUAAUUAUUGGUUACGAGAUUGAACAAGAUCAGUGAUUGCUGAAGAAGUGGGGAUGCUUUGAGUUUGGGAGGAGUAAAUUUGCCAAUAUACCUCAGUGUGCCUCAGUGUCUAAGAUGGCAGCAGAUGAGAAGGUAUUCUUCUCAAAAACCGUUCAACAUUUAGCAAGAUCUUUGGCCGCUAUCAAGCCUACACCAUGGGAGAAGGUGAAUCGGUUGUUCAAAUUAUGUCCCCAAGAAUCGACACAGGGUGUCUUUCGCUUGGAUCAACGGGGGCAGGAUUCAACAAUUGCAUUAGGCAUUUAUUUUCUGGAAUCUGGAUUACAAAACCGAGAUCGGAUAUUACCAUAUCUAUUAAAACUUCUACGUGGACUUCCAAAGGCUGUAUGGUUGGAUGAAGUUCGUUGCAAUCCAAUAGAACGUGUGCCAGUUGCUGAACGUUUUAGUUUCUGUUUAAAUACAUUGCUCAGUGAUGUGGCAGCAAGAUGUGAGGCGGCACGUGAAGAGAUCAUUGCAACCCAAGUAGAGAUACUAGCAGUACUCACAAAUUUGAUAAGAGGAUUCAGAGAUCAAAAUGGAAGUCGGGGUAUGCAAGCAAAGUUGUCAUUAUGCAAGUGUCUUGUUCCGGUGCUAAUAGGAUUAGCUCGUUCAAUGGGUCGCUUUGCAAGUUUCGAGCCACCACUUCUCUGUCGUAUAUUUCCACGACCAGUUCCACCGUUGGCUACAACUAAUCAGAAUCGUUCAGUGCAUGAUAAGAAACUGCGCAGUUUCUCAAACUUUAGACCUAUUAUACCUCGAUCGCUUAGUGGUAAUUUAAAUCCUCAUCUAUCAAUUGACAGUGCACAGGCUGCAAUGCAAUCAACAGAUUAUGACUACCCAGUGAAAAAGCGUCCGUCGCUACAAUCAUUCCUAUCAGUGCCCUAUGAUCCAACAACGUAUUUCUUUACACGUUACGGCUCCAGCUUCAAUCAGUUUCCACAGAUGAGAUGUAACGAGAGUCCUGAAAGAAGAGCAGGACUACAAUUCAGUGUGGUGCAUUUACAAAGCAUACUGGCACUUGCCAAGAAGCUGCUCACUAAAGAGACCCUGGCAUUCCUCGACGAGGAAGCUGAGCAGGUCUAUAAUUCUGGCCAAGUACUGAUAUUCCCGUACAAAACAUUCAGCGAAACCAUGAAUCUAGUUAUGGUGGCUCUACUGCGAGAACUACUUCAAAGUCAACGUGAUCUACCUGCACCGUUCACGCGCGAUGUCCAGGAGUUCGUCAAAGGGCUCUUUCUUUCGGGUACUACGGAACUGCAGUCACGUCAGCACGAUGCUAGUGAACGUGAGGACAUAGAUACGAAUUUUCGUACAGUGAACAGGUUCAAGGUGAACGUCAUGGCCAACUCAGCUUGCGUCGAUCUACUUGUCUGGGCUAUCGGCGACGAGACUGCAAGCGAGGAUUACGAUUUGCCCGCACUCUACGCGGACCUCAGUUCCAUGCUGAUAGGCGAGGGUGCUGACUCCCUCUGUGGUCGUCUCACGGAGAAGAUAAAUUCAAAUCAUGGGCAUAGGUUGGUGCUGGCUCAUAUGCCUUUGCUAAUGGUCUGCCUAGAAGGAUUGGGAAAACUUGCACAGAAGUUUCCCAACAUCGCAACGACGUCCAUUUAUUACUUGCGUGACUUCCUCGUCACUCCCUCGCCCAUUUUAGUGAAAUUGCAUCGUCAGCAAAAUGAUCGUUUCUCCAAGGAUCAAAGGUUCAAGGUGACAGUUCAAGGUAAAGAAAUGAAAUCAAUGGAUGCAAGGCAAAACACGUCAUCGCAAACGGCCUUUGAGCGAUUAAGAGAUGCGGCUAUUGAGAAUCUUUGUAUUGCACUGGAAGCUGCGCAUUCUAUAGAUCCUUAUUGCGUACCGGCUUUAGUGGCCAGUGUCUCUAAUAGACUGUUUACCGCAGAGAAGAGCGAUAGCGAAUGCGAUGAACGUACGAUAAGCGAACUCAUCUCCACGAACAUUGUCAUAAUGCUGGGACACGUGGCAGUGGCUUUGAAGGAUACUCCAAAGACAACCGGUACCAUCCUGGCAUUUUUUCAGCAGCGUUUCUGUCGCGUCCCUAGCGCCCUGGAUAUCCUCAUCGUGGACCAGCUUGGCUGCAUGAUAAUUUCAAAGUGCGAUCCUCAGGUUUACGACGAGAUCAUGAAAAUGUUUGCUAUCACUGUGGAGUCCAGCAGUGCUGCUUACGCGUCGAACGAUGACCGAAAACCUUAUCGUCACGUAUCGGGUGCGGUGACUAAUGCACUUGCGAAUAUAGCUGCAAAUCUCCAGGGUGAAACGGAACUGAACGACCUGCGUCUUCGACUGUUGGAACUUUUUGUACAGCUUGGUCUGGAAGGCAAACGUGCCAGUGAUAAAGUUCCUAACAGUGUGGCUGCCACGAAAGCCUCAAGCAGUGCUGGUAAUCUUGGAGUACUCAUUCCCGUCAUCGCUGUCCUGGUUCGUCGGUUACCACCAAUCCGUCAUCCCAAGCCACGAGAACUCAAACUCUUCAAAGAUUUCUGGCUGUACUGUGUCGUGAUGGGAUUCACAGCUGCCGAGCCUCAUUCGUCUCGACUCUGGCCAGCUGAAUGGUACGAGGGUGUCCAAGAAAUUGCCGUGAAGUCGCCGUACUUGAUAUCCCAGUCUAGUGCCAGACUGGAGAUGCGCGAGCUUCAAUAUACUUCAGCCGUAAGGAACGACAGUGUCUCGUUAAAUGAACUUCAGGAGCUGCGGAUGCAGAUUCUUAAAAUGAGCAGCAGAUCCAGUGACGUGUCACCCUAUGUUUCUAAAUUUCAAUUCGCCCAAUGUACCUACUUACUGUCAGUCUACUGGCUGGAGACUUUGAGAGUGUCUCAUAGUCCUGAACCAAGUCUUGAGCCUAUAAUGGAGUACCUGAGUGACACUGCCUUGCAGAAGGACAAAAGCGGCAUGUGGCAGUGUAUAUGCAGUGUCGGAGAUGCUGUCUUCGCGAAAUUCAAAGACGUCAUGCAGAACAAACCAAAGGAUGAACGUCGUGAGAAGGAACUGGAGAAUCAUGCGCAGUUCUUACUAGUCAAUUUCAAUCACGUUCAUAAACAGAUUAGACGAGUUGCGGACAAGUACCUCAGCGCACUGGUGGAUGCCUUUCCUCAUUUACUUUGGAACUGCAGAGUACUCUGCAGUAUGCUGGACAUACUACAGGUUCUAUCAUUCUCACUGCAACUUGAUCCAAAUGAGGAAACACCAAUGCUUCGCAUACCAGGAACACCUUAUAGCAUUCAGCUAAUGGACACCCUCGAAGCCAGAGAAAUCACCGUCAAAGACUUCACUGCCAGAUGCAAAGGAAUAGUUCAGGAAGCCAUGAAGUGGGCGCCACAUGCCACCAGAUCACAUUUACAAGAGUAUAUAAAUCAGAUACCUUCUUCUGGGAUGUGGCAUCAUGCAGGAUUAUCACUGGCUACAGACUCUGUUCUGGAGUUCGUUGACCUAACAGUCCCAAUGGCACCUCUAAACACAAAUUCCUUAGAUAAACGGUCACGUAAUGGUAAGAGCGGUGGUUCCUGGCUCAUCUCUAUGAUGUCCACGCGGUCCAGGUAUGCUGGCGAAGUAGCCGGCAUGCUCGCUCUUGAUAAGGGUGACACACCCUCUCCGGAAUCCGCUAACGUAGGAUUCAGUAAAGAGACUCAAGGUGAAUCACUUGUAGUAGAUCGACUGAUAAAAGCCGUUUGGAAAGCUUGUCAGAAUAAAAAUGAAGUGGAGCAUCGCCGUGGGCUUUGGCGUGCCACUGCACUUCUUAUAACGAUACCAGGGAUACACAGGCGUUUGCUGCACACGGUGGCUUGGUCCCAAGUGGAACUCUUCACCGAUCAAGCGAUAACCACGGCAGUCGAAUGCUGGCAGUGGAUCCUCACAGCGCGACCGGAUCUGAAGCUUUGUUUCCUCCAGGAGAUGCUAUCCGCGUGGCAGUACACGGUUUCUAAAAGAAUGGGUCUAUUCUCCGUGCAGCGUGAGGAAGUUAGCCCCCUGGCGGUUUACGAGGGUUGCAAACUAGGUCCAAAUCCUCCCUACGUCAAGCCUCAUGAGAUCUGGGUGACUUUCUUAGUGGAGCUCAUAGAGACUGCCAAGUACUGUUGUCAGGAGACUGUAGAGAUGAUUGCUCACUUGCUCCAUCAAUCAUUACCAAUGACCGUUGGCGCAUCUGGCGAGGAUCAUGGUCUGAAUCGACAUGUAGCCGCUGUCGGAGUACGUUUCAAACUACUCUCCUGCGGUCUUUUGCUUCUUCAGGGCGAUAUCUUACCCAGAUCGCUGAGCAAGAACGUUCUACGCGAACGCGUGUACUCUAAUUGCUUGGAUUAUUUCUGUCGAGAACGUCAAACUCCUACUCAAGAACCUGAUCAACUUAGGGAAGACAUAGUAACUCUUAUUCGAUUCUGGCAGGUGAUGCACAGUGAUAAGAAAUACCUGAUGGCAAGUGGAGAAGGUGACUUUGAUAUAAUCAGACCGCCAAGUAGUGCAGGAACCAUGUUGCAAACCGAUACAAUGAACUCGUCGACGCCGAUUGGUAACGAAUUGGGUAAACCAGGUGCCACCGGUUGGAUCAACACUAUCCCACUCUCUGCUAGUAGUAAUACUCUAGGGAAACGUAGUAAUCGUAGCAAACGCGUGGUCAAUGCAAAUGUAUUUGUCAAGGACUACAUCAAGAAGCGCAAUCUCAUUCUGGAACUAUUAGCCGUGGAAAUUGAACUUUUGCUGGUUUGGCGCAAUCCAGGGGGCAGGCAAGAUCUUACGUUACAAGGCGAAGCCAGCAUCGCGGAGUGGCGUUCGAAAGCCAUGAAUGAACGCUGGCGAGAUUACACCAGAUUAGCAUGGGAAAUCAGUCCAGUCCUCGCAGUCUAUCUACCAGUUCGUUUAAAGAACUCGGACAUCAUCGUCAGAGAGGUUUGCCGAUUGGUACGACUCAAUCCUAUUCCCGUGAUGAAUGUUCCUGAGGCUCUACAGUAUCUCGUGACCACGGAUACUCUUCUCAAUGAUGCACCAGAGCUGGUCUAUAUGCUGUCCUGGGCCAGGGUAUCGCCCAUACAGGCCUUGGCUUACUUCUCCAGACAGUUUCCACAUCAUCCUAUUUCGGCUCAGUAUGCAGUUCACGUUCUCAGCAGUUACCCAGCUGACGCUGUUCUGUUUUAUAUACCCCAGCUGGUGCAAGCUGUCCGUCAUGAUUCCAUGGGUUAUGUUAUCGAAUUCAUAAAAGCUAUUGCUAAACGUUCACAAGUAGUAGCUCAUCAACUCAUCUGGAAUAUGCAUACCAAUAUGUACAUGGAUGAGGAUAAAUUGUUAAAAGAUCCAGUCCUCUUUGAUGUCCUGGAUUCUCUGGUGAAGAGCAUCCUAAGUUCCCUCUCUGGUCCAGCCAAGCAAUUCUACGAGAGGGAAUUUGACUUCUUUGACAAAAUUACGAGUAUUUCCGGCGACAUAAGACCUUAUCCUAAGGGGCCUGAACGAGAGCAAGCAUGUCUAAAAGCUCUUCGUAAAAUCAAGGUGCAACCUGGCUGUUACCUGCCUUCAAAUCCGGAAGCAAUGGUCAUUGAUAUUGACUAUAACAGUGGCAAACCUAUGCAAAGUGCCGCCAAAGCACCCUUCCUGGCUCGCUUCAAAGUUCAACGUUACGGCAUAAAUGAACUGGAGAAUAUUGCCAUGGCAGUCUCCACGAACACAAAGCAGGACACCAAAUAUAAUGUGGCUAUUGAGUCAUGGCAAGCAGCCAUAUUUAAGGUCGGCGAUGAUGUCAGGCAGGAUAUGCUGGCUCUUCAAGUGAUUAGCAUCUUUAAGAAUAUUUUCCAACAAGUUGGACUUAACUUGUAUCUCUUCCCUUAUAGAGUUGUCGCUACCGCGCCUGGGUGCGGUGUAAUAGAAUGUGUGCCAAAUGCAAAAUCACGAGAUCAACUAGGUCGGCAAACGGAUAUUGGCAUGUAUGAAUAUUUCAUAACAAAAUAUGGAGACGAAACUACUAAGGAGUUUCAAAACGUACGACGCAACUUCGUCAAGUCCAUGGCAGCUUAUAGCGUGAUCACCUACUUGCUACAAAUCAAGGAUCGACAUAAUGGAAACAUUAUGCUGGAUAACGAGGGUCACAUCAUUCAUAUAGACUUUGGAUUUAUGUUCGAAAGUUCACCAGGUGGCAACUUGGGUUUUGAACCUGAUAUCAAGCUCACCGACGAGAUGGUGCUCGUUAUGGGUGGCAAAAUGGAAGCAGCGCCGUUUCGCUGGUUCAUGGAAUUGUGUGUUCAAGCUUUUCUGGCAGUCAGGCCUUAUCAGGAAGCUAUAAUUUCAUUAGUCUCACUGAUGCUGGAUACCGGAUUACCCUGCUUCCGUGGUCAGACGAUCAAGUUGUUACGCGCCCGAUUUGCACCAAAUUUGACUGAUCGCGACGCGGCGGCUUUCAUGCUCAACGUGAUACGCAACAGUUUCCUCAAUUUCCGCACGAAAACGUACGAUAUGAUACAGUAUUAUCAGAAUCAAAUCCCAUAUUAAGUUUUUAGAUGGGAGGCGUUAGAAGGUGCUGCGUAUGUAUUUAAUUAAAGAAGUCUUAUGGUCCAAUUUCUCUGGAUUAAAUAGGAUGAUAAUGGUAAUUGUUUAAAUGCUGUAUUAUAAGAUGCGGUGACUUUGAUCUUAUGUGUAUAAAGGUAAUGAUUUCAGGCGAUGGCUUCAGGGGAUAAAUAUGUAUUUAAUUGUAUGUAGCAUUCUAUGGUAUCCUCAGUAUUUAUGUGCGACUCAGUUAUUUUAGCUGUGGACACUGAUGAAAACAUUCCUCUCUUUCUCAAUCUCUGUAAAUCUAUCAAUUAUUAAUCGUUGACAAUGACAUUAAAGCCAUUACUCUCAUGUUUUU